AUGGAGGGUGACUUAUCUGAAUUAUUACAAAGAUUUUCGCUGGAGGGGAAUGAGAUCUCUGGAGCUAAACUGGAGUUGGAGGACCUGAGCAGUGGAAUAAAGGAUUGUGAAGGAAGUCUGAUAGGAAGAAUCAUGGGUGAGAAGAUAGCUAACUUCACCGGGGUGAAGAAUUUUGUGACUGCAGCAUGGAGUUACCCCAAGAAUCUGACAGUCAUGGAAUUGGGACCAAACCUGUUCCAAUUCAAUAUCCCAAACCAGGAUGAUAUAGAAAGAAUAGUGACAGGGGGUCCAUGGUUAAUGGAUAAUCAAAGCUUAGUGUUGAACAGAUGGUCAGAAGGGGUAGAAGAGAAUUAUGGGGCUUUUAUUACUGCUCCUUUAUGGGUUCAGAUUUGGAACCUUCCUGUGCAUUGGCUCUCCAAAGAGGUGGGCAGGAAAAUUGGAGUAGUUUUUAAGGAUGUAAAGGAAGUUGUUAUCCCUCAGGGAGGGGGAAAGGAAGGUAGGCAUUUGAAGGCUUUAGUACAUGUUGAUCUGUCCAAACCCCUGCUCAGAGGAACAUUGGUGCAGAUAGCAGGGUCACUUAAGUGGGUCGCUUUUAAGUAUGAAAGGUGCCCGGAUUUCUGUUAUAAGUGUGGAAUAGUAGGACAUGGGGAACGGACUUGCAAAGAAAGCAUAACUGUUCCAGAGGGUCUGUUGGAGAACCAAUACGGCCCAUGGAUGCGUGCUGGGAAUAACAGAAGCCCUGCCAAAGAGAGAGUGGUAAGGGAUGAUACGGUGAAGGAUAAAAGAUACUGGAAGUUCCAGAAUGGAGAAAUGGUGGAGAGGGAGAAGAGAAGGACCCAAUCAGGUGAGGUGCUUCUAAAGGCUCUUAGAACCUCAGGAUUAGGACAUGGAAGUUCCCAGGAGUUUACGAAAGAACAUGAGAAUGAAAAGGGGGUCCUGCAAAAUCGUAGUGAUCCCUACAUUGAUGUGGAAACUAGUGGAAGGGAACAUGGAAGUAGAGAGGACCCCCAAUCCUCGAACAAGGAAAAUCUUGAUGUUCCUCGUGUAGCUCAGGAGAAUGUAGAGGAGAAUCAGUCUGUAGUUGAAAUGGAGGUUUUGGAGGAGGACAGAGAUUUUUUGCACAAAAUGGCUGGGACAGGAGAAUAG